AUGAUUGAAAACCUCCCAUGGAGUGGAGAUCUCCGAUUGCCUGAUUGAAAAGUCCCUGGUUAGGAGAGAGAGUUCCCCCUAAAACUACCUCGUUAAUGUCGCCACCUUCCACUUGCUUCACUCUUUUAUCAUAAAUUUAUUCUAACAUUAAAUUCAUCUCAGUUUCUCUCUUCUUCAACCUCUAACUCUCUCAUUUUUCAUUCUUUCUAUUCCGUUCAUUCAAACUUUCGACAAUGGCUGCUACUACUACUUGUUUGGCCAAUUCAGUUUUAUCUUCGAAAUAUCAUCGACCAAACGCUUUGUCUCUUCCAAAAGCCAAACUUCAAUUUCUCCAAUUCAAGAAGAACAACAAUAACAUCGCUCGUUUCACGACAUUUUGUUCUCUAGAAGACAAAGAUCCUAAACACGAUACUCCUAUCGAACUAAGAUUCGAGGCGUUUCCUACAGUUAUGGAUAUUAACCAGAUUCGCGAGAUUUUGCCGCACAGGUUUCCAUUCCUUUUAGUGGAUAGAGUUAUUGAAUACAAUCCUGGAGUUUCGGCUGUGGGGAUUAAGAAUGUUACUAUCAAUGAUAACUUUUUCCCUGGACAUUUUCCUGAAAGGCCUAUUAUGCCUGGUGUUCUCAUGAUUGAGGCAAUGGCACAGGUUGGUGGUUUGGUUAUGCUGCAACCAGAUGUGGGAGGCUCUCGAGACAAUUUUGUUUUUGCUGGAGUCGAUAAAGUAAGAUUCCGAAAACCAGUAAUUGCAGGUGACACUUUGGUUAUGAGAAUGAAUCUUGUCAAGCUGCAGAAACGCUUUGGCAUUGCAAAGAUGGAAGGCAAAGCUUAUGUGGGAGGUGAAGUAGUGUGUGAGGGCGAGUUUUUGAUGGCUGCUGCUUUCAAUUAAUUCACUAAGGUUAUCGCCAAUAUUUUAGUUGCAGCUCUAGUAAGGUUUCCUUGAUUUGAACUCCUUUAUUUUUACUUCUGUAAGUUGGACUACUGAUAUUUUAGCUACAAUUUGCUAGACUUGGCAAAGGGAAAGUGGGCGAUUCAAUUUUGUUUUCUUUUCUUUUGUCUGUGGACCUACCAGCAGGUGUCUCUUCUUUUUUGGAAAUUAAUUACAUCACCCACAUUUCAUUUACCAAAAUGAAAUGGACCUUUUUUUUUUUUUGUGUUAAACGGAUAUGUCCAAAUAUCUAAGUAAUCCCAAAAUUACUCUCCGUCUUUUCUCAAUGUAGCCUAACUUCUCAUCAACAAAAAUGUAUUACAAUUGAUAUUUGUUUG